AUGGUCUCAAAGACAGGAAUCACGCUGGCUGUUAUGUCAGCUUUGCUGGCAGGCACCUAUGCAGAGCAAAACAUCACGUCCGAUACGUACUUUUAUGGACAAUCUGAAUCCGUUUACCCUUCGCCAAUUGGCCAAGGCACCGGUGACUGGUCCGAGGCUUACACGAAAGCAACAGCUCUUGUUGCGAAAAUGACUCUGGAAGAGAAAAACAACCUGACUUACGGCGUCACACCCAAAAAUGGCUGCUCGGGAAUUAUCCAAGCAAUUCCCCGGCUGGACUUCCCUGGAAUGUGCCUUCAAGACGCUGGGAAUGGUGUCAGAUAUACCGACUUUGUCAAUAGUUACCCAAGCGGAAUGCAUGUCGGUGCUAGUUGGAACAAAUCACUUGCCUACGAUCGUGGCUAUUAUAUGGGAAGUGAGUUUAGGAAGAAGGGUGUGCAAGUUGCUCUGGGCCCGGUUGUUGGACCUUUGGGUCGUAUGGCCAGCGGUGGAAGAAACUGGGAGGGGUUUGCCAACGACCCCUACUUGUCCGGUUCCCUUGCAGCCGAAACUGUCGAGGGAGUCCAAGAUCAAGGAGUCAUUACUAGUUUGAAGCAUUUUAUCGGAAACGAGCAAGAACUUUAUCGGAACCCCACUAACAGCACUGAGAAGCAGAUGAGGGAAUCUGUUUCCAGCAAUAUUGAUGACACGACGAUACACGAACUAUACCUCUGGCCAUUUGUGGACGCUAUCAGAGCGGGCACUGGGAACGUAAUGUGCUCGUAUAACAGAGUCAACAACUCCCACGCGUGUCAAAACAGCAAGAUUCUUAACGGUCUCCUCAAGACAGAACUAGGAUUCAAUGGGUUUGUCGUCACGGACUGGCUUGCACAGCACUCUGGAGUGGCGUCAGCCCUUGCUGGUCUGGAUAUGGCAAUGCCUGACGGCGAAAGCUUCUGGGGAAACAAUUUCACAUCAGCAUUCACUAAUGGGAGCGUGUCGAUGUCGCGUCUGGAUGACAUGGCUACCAGAAUAAUUGCUGCUUGGUACAAAAUGGGCCAGGACAAUUCGUCUUACCCAACCCCUGGCAAAGGAAUGCCCUAUAAUAUCAGUGAACCACACGAUAUUGUCAAUGCCCUCGACCCCAAUGCGAAGCCGACUCUUUUCAAUGGCGCAGUUGAGGGUCAUGUCUUGGUAAAGAACAUUAACAACAGUCUUCCAUUACGAUCUCCGCGACUAAUCUCGGUCUUUGGUUAUGACGCCAAAGUUCCCGACCAAUACAUGUCACCUGCCAACCCACCUGGCAGUAAUCCCUGGCAAUUUGGUUACGAAUCCGCCAUAUUUCAAGUCGGGGAUGCCUUUUCAACGACUGUCGUUGACGAGCCUUACAUCAAUCAAGUUGCCCUAAAUGGAACUCUCAGCGUUGGCGGUGGAUCAGGCGCAAACAAUGGUCCAUAUAUCAGCUCCCCUCUUGACGCUCUCCAACAGCGUGCAUUUGUGGAUAACACUGUCGUAAUGUGGGAUACUACAGACUCACCUAGUAACAUGGGAUUGAUGAAGGCGUCCGAUGCCUGUUUGGUGUUUAUCAAUGCAUUUGCUUCGGAGGGGCUGGACCGUGCUGGUCUUCACGAUGAUUACUCCGAUGCACUUGUUAAUACGGUGGCCAACACCUGUUCUAACACAGUCGUCGUCAUCCACAACGCUGGACUGCGACUUGUGGACCAGUUCGUUGACCACCCUAAUGUGACCGCGAUUGUUUUUGCUCAUUUGCCCGGCCAAGACUCCGGUCGUGCUCUCGUAUCUUUAUUAUAUGGCAACGAUAACUUCAGCGGGAAACUACCAUAUACUGUGGCCAAGAACGAGUCCGACUACAAUGUACUUUAUCACGAACAUACUGUGACCCCCUACGGCCUCUUCCCACAAUCAAAUUUCACCGAGGAAUUGUAUAUUGACUACCGUGACUUCGAUGCAAAAAAUAUUACACCGCGCUACGAAUUUGGCUUUGGAUUAUCAUACACAACUUUCUCCUUUUCUGGGCUUCAAACAUCUAUCAGCACCAAGAGUGCCCCUAAGUACCCAAGUGGUCCAAUUCAGCAAGGUGGACAUAUUGAUUUGUGGGAAAACAUUGCCAACGUGACUGCUACAGUCCGUAACAUCGGAUCGGUAGUUGGCGCUGAGGUUGCUCAGCUUUACGUUGGAAUUCCAGGUAGACCCGUAAAACAACUUCGAGGGUUUGAAAAAGUGGAAGUGGCUCCUGGAAGCUCCGCCACGGUUCAGUUCCCGUUGACCCGACGGGACCUCAGUGUUUGGGACAUUGAUACACAAAAAUGGGCCUUGCAGGGUGGGAAAUACAAGGUUUACGUUGGAUCCUCAAGCCGUAAUCUACCACUUGGUACGGCUAUCAUGGUAUAG